UGUCUUCAUAAAUAAUGCUUUUUUUUUUUAACUUUGGUUACACUUGUUUUACAUGAAUAUUAGUAACUGAGCAUUAAAGGACUCUGGGUGCCUACUAUAGGCCUAAAUCUAUUAUUUAAAAUUACUGUUUCACUUAACUUUUAAUUAAAAGAAAAUAUUAUUGUCUAGAAUUUUGUUAUAGUAGUAUUGGGAAUUUAUUAGGUGUUUUAACAGUAAGAAAAAAAUGAUGCUGCAUUUUCUUGCCAUUAUAUUCCUUUCUUCUUUGUUAUAAUCAAAGUAGGUUUAGAAUUUUGCAAAUUGAGGGAAAUUAGGAUACUGCUCAACAUUUUAUAAUAAUAUAAUCAUAUAGCAACUUUAAUUAUGAUUUUCAACAAGAUUAUGAUACACAUAAAAAGCAUUAAUUUAAGUUGAAAAAAUAUAUAUACUUGCCUAAUUCUAGGUAGCAAACGGAACUCAAAUUGUUGAUCAUUACAGCUUUUACUUGCUGUAAUGUUAAUUUGCAUCCCAGUCCCUGAGCUGCCUUUAAAGUUAUUAUGUACUGCAUACCUUAAAGAUUCUUCUUGAUGUUAUUGUUUUAUGAAAACUACACAUCUCUAAGUUAAGAGCUUAACUAGUAUAUCAGGUACCAGGAACUUCUUUAGCCCUUAGAUCUGUCACUAGGGUUAUAUAGUGUUUAUCAGAACAUGGGUAAACAUAAGGCAUCAUUAGCAAACUAGAAGAAUUAUGGGUUGAUGGUAAAAAUUUAAAAGAAGAAAAUAAGAGGAAGAAAUGGAACUCAGAAAAAGUGGUAUACAUGAAGAGUGGUAGAAUAUCAUCCAGUGCCUCACAGGUCACUUCCUACUUGUUGAAUAGGAACCUCAUUCUAGUCUGUCUUCUAAAUAGUUUCACAAAUAACUAUAGAAGUGUUUUUAAGGGUUGUUUUUUUUUCUUUGUUAAAUGUAACUCAGGAUGAAUGCAAAUUGUGAGAAAUUACAGAUCUUUCUAAAUUGUGCAUUUAAAUAUGUACCAGAGCAAGUGGUAAUGAUGGUGAAAUGUAAAUUACUAUUCAAUAUCAAAUUUUUCUACAUAUCUCCCUUUGUAUUUAAAGAUGACGCUUUUGAGUUAGAAAAGACAAUCUCAGAUUUCUUUUAUAUUUUGCAAUUCCGCCAUUAUUAACAGACUUCAUAACCUUCAAAUGUUCUGCCAGUUAAAUUUGAAAUUGCCCUGAAAUCUUUGCUUAAAAUGAAUCACCCCUCCUUUAUUCAGGAUUUUUGCCUGUUGCAAGUGAUUUUCCUUUGUCCUUAGCUAUUCUGUAUAAUGUUAUGUAAUGUUUUGUUGCAUCCUUAACACUUUUCUUCCACCUUCCCUACUUGUAGCCUGUGCUUUCUACAGUUUGGGGUUCCUUUGGAAUCCAUUCUCUGCAUCUGUUCAUAUGUAGAUUUAUUUGCCACGUUCCAGGACCUCGUUGCAAGUGGUUCUGUCCCCUGGUUUGAUGAUGUUCCCAGAGGCAGGUAAGUGGCAUAGCUGAGGCCAGAUGUGAGCAGAAAGUCAGUUCUUAUAGUCAUAUAUAGGACCACUGUGCUAAUAAUUUCUGAUAGAUUCUAGAGUUUGAUACCUCUAGGUGAAAAGGAGCUAGAAAUGUGGAGUUAAAUUCCCUGGAUUAGCAUCCAUUACAGGAAGGAAUGAGAAGAUGUUUGAGUUGAUUCUUUUCUAUUUUCUGUUCCUAGAAAUAGUAUGCAUUUUUAGUCAUUAAUAUUUUGGUCUUGAUUACUUUAAUAUUCCAGAAAUUUUUAUUCCUCUUAUAAAAUAAGCAGAUGGAAUGCCUCUGAUGACAUUCACUCAGAAAAUGCCUUGCUCUCCUUUCAGGGAAGUUGAAUUUUACAGAUUAAUUCUGGAUGUCUCCCCCACAGUUGAUUUUCUUCUGUACCGUUAAUGACCAUUUCUAUUCUCCUUUUCUGGGUAUUAUAUUUGUACUUAAGCUUACAUUGGUGAUUGUUGAGUUGUGUCUGAGGAGUGUUCAAUAUGCUGAAAAAGAACUUUCGUCUUAGGAGAACUGAUCUUGGGUCUAGAUUGACACCCCCCGAAAGAACUCCAGGCAUUCCUGUUCCUGUGGGCUAGUGCUUAUCCUUUCCAAUCAGAUAUUGACUUCUGAACUAAUCCCAAGGGUUUUUUCCUAAUGCUGACUAAGAGCAGAAAUGCUGCCUUGGUGAGAGGGGUCCAGGAAGCAGUAGACUUCAUCUUUCCUCAGCCUGCCUGGCCUUUGGUGAGUUUGGGAGUGUUGACAAGAGUUCUGAGCCUUCUUGGCAGAGAAGGAAGGUCAGAAAGAGAGCAGUCCACAGGCAGGGGGCCAGGUCCCUACUUGCCUCGUUAGGGAGAAUUCAGUGUUGUCUGUCUGGUUGGCAGGACACAUCUAAUCACAGAGACCCAGCAUUUCAGCAGUUUGCAAAAGUAAGUGAUAUGAAGGGACAGCUGCAAGACAGCCACAACAUAGAUCUGAGGAGAUCAAGCAUUUAUUUCACUUGGAAGAAAGAGAGAAGGAAGGAAGCUGAGGGCUUAGCAGGUCUCCAGGUAUUAGUGGACAGGCCAUGGCUCCACGGUCCCGGCGACGAAGGCACAAGAAACCCCUCUCAUCAGUGGCUCCUGUGGUUGUGACCCCACCCACAGUUGUAACCCCUGUGCCUCUGACCCUCUCAAAACCUGGCCCUAGCAUUGAUACACUUGGCUUCUUCUCCUUGGAGAAUAAUGUUCCUGGCCUAUCCCAGCUGAUCCUUCAAAAGCUGAACAUGAAAAGCUAUGAAGAAUACAAGUUGGUGCUAGAUGGGGGUACUCCUGUAUCAGGCUUUGGAUUUCGAUGCCCUCAAGAAAUGUUCCAGAAGAUGGAGGACACAUUCCGAUUCUGUGCUUACUGUAGAGCACUCCCUAGUGGCCUUUCAGACUCCAAGGUCCUCCGGCACUGCAAGAGGUGCAGAAAUGUCUAUUACUGUGGUCCAGAGUGCCAGAGGUCAGACUGGCCAGCACACAGGAGGGUUUGUCAAGAGCUGCGUCUUGUCGCCGUGGACCGUCUCAUGGAAUGGCUUCUGGUCACAGGUGAUUUUGUCCUACCCUCGGGACCUUGGUCAUGGCUGACUGAAGUUGUACAGGGCUGGGACAGCUGGUUUUCUAUGCGACGUUUACAGCUAGAUUCUACACUGGAUGCUGUGCUUAAUAGUCAGGCCAUGACCACCCUUUGGGCCAGUGCAGGACGGUCAAGGCCAGACCCACAUGUCCUGCAGGGCUCUUUGAAGCGGCUGCUGACAGAUGCCCUGUCACGGCCCUUGACGCUGGGCUUUGGGCUUCGGGCCUUGGGGAUAAACGUUAGGAAGGUCGGGGGAAGCACAGUGCAUGUGGUUGGUGCUUCCCAUGCAGAGACAUUCCUCACUCGGCCCGGGGACUAUGAUGAGCUUGGCUACAUGUUUCCUGGGCACCUUGGCCUCCGUGUAAUCAUGGUAGGUAUAGACAUAGCUGCUGGCUUUUCGCAGAGCACCUCGGCUUCACUUCUGGAACCUGGCACAGUUCAGCUUAGUGGCCAUAGGGGCCUCUAUCAUGACUUCUGGGAGGAGCAGGUGGAGACUGGACAGAUAGCCCAUCCAGAUUUGGUGGUGGCAUUCCAUCCUGGUUUCCAUGCUUCUUCGGACUUGACGGAGUCUUGGCUACCCACCCUCCUGCUACUUCGUGAUUAUGAGAUCCCUACAAUGAUUACUGUUUACAGCAAUCAGGAGUUGACAGCAUCUUUGCAGAUUCUGGUGGACCUGGAUAUGCACAUCACAGCCUAUGGAGCCAACCCUUUUGCGUCCCUCAAACCUGAACAGGUCUAUUCCAACCCCAACAAGCAGCCAGUAUACUGCAGUGCCUACUAUGUCAUGUUUCUUGGAAGUUCCUGCCAGCUGGAUAAGAGGCAAUUGGAAGAAAAAGUAGAUGGUGAGGUAUAAAUAGCUGACCUCAAUCCUGGCUGGAUGUCUAGAAAAUGACAAGUUGUGAUGAAAUUACCUGCUAAUGCCAGGUUAUUGCUAACUUUGAAACCCACUAUGUCCUAAACCUAAUUCUCUCAUCUGGGUAGAAACUAAGCUAAAUGGGAGAUCCUAUGUGAUGUGACUCAUUUCCAAGAGGUUAGCUAAAUGUAGCUUCUAGAGACAGGAUUCUAGAUUUAGUGUGUGGCAAAAAGCCCUCACAUAAAUCUUUAUAGAACUUAGAGUUCCUAACAGUUUUCCUUUAUGAGAAAGUUGUACCUUUUGACUUGAACCAGAUGGCACCAAGGAGAGGAAUGGAACCUUAUUCUUCUGAAAAAGACUUUUUUCUCAUCCAGUAAUUUGGGCUAAAAAGUGGAGAUACUAAUUACUCGAAGUGGUGGACAAAUAGGAUGGGCAAGUCAGAGAAGUGGUUAGGACGUGGGGGAGGUUGUGAAGAUUGGCACAGUCUUCUCUUUCCUGGCUUUUUCGAGAUAUGUGUCCCAUUUUUGUUUUCUCUUGGGGACUUCUAGCCCUAGGGAAACUUUUUGCUCUUGUGUUGUAUUUUAGAUAUCCCAGGGUGUAUCAGACUUUACUUGAAUAUAUAGGAACUUGUUAUCACCUGGUCUAUACCACAAUAAACUCAGUUUUGGGCUUA